AUGCGGAGACUCCGGGCGCUCCGAGGUCUCUUCGCUUGUGGAGGCUGCUGGUCCCGGCCUCCCGUUCGGGAGGAUGGAGGCAGGGCGGCAGAGUCCGUCCCUGCAGCCGUCCCCACCUUUGCUGGGCGAGUGGCUUCUCUGUCAAACCGCCUGCAAGAGGAGGAGGGCGACAGAGCGGAGGUCUACCGAGAGCUGGAGAGAGUCCUGCAGGGCGACGACGGCCGCGUGCAGAGCGCUGUCCUGGCCAGAGUGAUCGCAGCGGCCUCGAGGGACAUGAGAGCGGCGCAGGGCGUGACGGAGCAGGUGCGGACGGCCGCCAGCGACGUCCUGGUGGCUCUGGCCCGCUGCCACUUCGACAGCGUCAUGUGCGAGCUGCAGUGCCGCCUGAGGGCCCUGGGAGAGAUCUCCGAGGACCUCGUGUUCGUCACCUUGGGCAAGCUGGCCAGCAGCUACGCCCUGCGGUGCGUCCCCUUCGUGGGCAUGACGCUCUUCGCCCUGCGCACGAUGCUGAGCCAGGUGGGGAGCAGCCGGACCCUGCGCGCCGUCUGCAGCGUCCUGGAGCAGUGGUCGAAGGCCGUGAACAGCUACCUGGGCGCCUGGGAGCAGUGCAGCUUCCCGCGCGUGGGGCAGGCCCAGCUCUGCAGCAGCGUUUCCCCGCUCUUCGGCCACGCGGUGGGGAGCUGGCUGGGCUGCGAGGAGGAGGAGGCCAAGCAGGCCGUCCUGGGGGCGAUGGCUGCCAUGAUGGGCCUCCUCGUGCGCGAGGAAGAGCACCGCGAGCGCGUGUGGGAGCAGCUCCCCUGGCUCCUGGGCCAGUACCAGCAGGUCCAGGACUCUUUCCGGGUGACCAAGGCGCUGAGUUAUUUCCUGGCGGUUUUGGGGGAAGUGCAGGUCCCCAUCCCCCAGGACGAGGUUGAGGCCAUCGGCACCGCUGUGCACCGCCAGCUCAGUGACGGGAGCAAGCAGCACAGCGGGGAGCACCGGUCGGAGCUGUCCUCCUGCGUCCUGCUGCUGGCCCGAGUUUGCCCUGAGGACACGGUGGCCUUUCUGCGCUCGCAGCUGGGGAGUCGGAGCGAGGCCGCGCGCGUGGUGUCCUUGGAUCUGCUCGGAGCCCUGGUGCGCCCCACAGCAGAGAGAGGCCAGAGCCUGCCCCUGCUCGUGCAGGCGGUGCGCUGCGCGCUGGGAGACCCCAGCAGGAAGGUGGCGAGGGCAGCGCUGCGCUUCACCAAGGAGCUGCUGGGCUGCAGCGUCCAGAGCUGCUCGGCCUGGGACCUGGUGGCCCACGUCUUCGCCACGUUCAGCCAGGCCUCCGGCAGACUGGCGCAGGGAAAGCUGUCUGAGGCAGAAGCGCAGGAAGCAGCAGAUCUUCAAGCCCUGUGCUUGGACAUCCUGCGCUCCCUGGACGUCUCCGUCCGGGGGAUGACCAAACUCCUGUGGCCGCGGCUGCUGCAGUACGUGGUGCCAGCCCAGUACACCGGCACGUUGGUGCCGCUCUGCCGGUGCCUGCGAGAGCUGGCCGAGAGCCGGGGGAGAGCAGGGGGCGAGGACGGAGAGGAGGAGCCCAACGUCGCGGCCUCCCGGCAGCGAGCCAAGCUGCCGAGGCCGCAGGCCCUGCUGGCUCGCCUGCUGGUGAGUAGGGGCCCCGGGGAAAGCGCUUCGGGGCCUGGAGGCGGCGGGAGAGGUCGGGGCAGAGCCGCGUCGCAGGCCGGGGCCGGCAGCCCGCGGGGAGGAAGCGGCGUGCGGGAGCGAGUCGGAGCCUCCCCGGCCCCGCGGGACCCUGCUGCUGCGCGGGGGAGAAGCCGGCGGCGCCGGGGAGAAGCUCCCGGCUGGGUGGUGGCGGCGGCUCCUCACACUGGCGGCGGCUGCGGCGUCGCUGCCCUGCGGCUGCUGCGGGCCCUGUCCGCAGAGAUCCACGGCGCCCUGGGGAUGGUGUGGGCCGUGAAGAUCCCCUUCCUGCUGCAGUGCCUGGAAGGGCAAAGCGAGAGCUGCCUGGACUCUGCCGAGUGGGAGCAGCUCCUGCUCAAGUUCCUGAGGACGUCGCUGGAGACGAUCGAGAGCCAGGCCUGGACCGUGGGCCUGAGCGUGGAGCUGAGCCAGCAGACGGGCAGCUACCCCCGGCCGUCCCGGGAGCAGGCCUUCCUGUAUAAAGCUGUCGGGGUGUCCCUGGCAGCGUGUCGGCACGUCCCCUACGUCCGCCGGGAAAUGAAGAAGUAUCUGUUAAGGAUGAAUUACUUGGAGGUGUCUGAGAGAGAGGCGAUGAUUUCGGUUGUGGCCGGCUCUGCCGAGAGCCACUUCCACCUUGCCUUGGAGGUGCUGCAGGAGUUUGGGGCGUCCAUGGAGGAAAGACCAGUGUCCGGGGCUUUCAAACGCCUGAAGGAAUACCACCAGGGGAAGAGAGCGGGGAGGCACGCGGCCCUCGUGCUGGCCUACGGCCGGAUCGCGCUCCGCGCCCCGCCGGAGCAGCUCCUGGCCCGCGUGGAGAGCGACGUCGUGGGGCGCAUCCUGCGGCACUACCGCGCCAGCUGCCAGGUGCUGGGCUUCUCCUUCUCCACCAAGGACGUGCAGCUCAAGCUGGCGCUGAUCCGGAGCGUCACCGAGGUCAGCCGGGCCGUGCGGGUGGCGGGGGGCUCCCGCGGCGUGGAGCUCUGCCGCAAACGGGAGCUGCUGGACACCUUGCUGGGCUUCGUGCAGGGGGAGCCCCGGGAUCGCCUGGCGUCCCCCGUGCGCCGGGAGGCGUUUGUGGCCGUGGGGCACUUGAGCAAACUGAAGCCAUCGCUGAGCCGGGAGGAAAACCGCGACCUCCUGGAUCAGUGUGUGCAGAGCGUGAUGCCCCUGCCUGCCCUGGAGCCGGCGGAAGAGGAGGGGGCGACGGCGGCAGACGCCGGGCACGUGCAGGGUCUGCACGCGCGGACCAUGGGGGCUCUCGGCGAGCUGCUGACGGCCCUGCUGGAGGAAGACCUCAGCUCGGACUGGCUCGCGGAGAUGCUGCACGUGCUGGAGUACUGGCUCACCUCGGCCAAGGAGUGGGAGCGGGAGAGGGCCCUGCAGGCCUGCGCCCAGCUGCUGGGCGCUUUCGAGGAGCGAUUCGAGCUCACGGGAGAAACCUCUUUCGGGCCCUUUGGCUCCAUGGUGGGACUGCUGGCGCCUUUCACCUGCGACUCGCUGGCCACGUCCUGCCAGCGGGCAGGGGCCUGCCUCGGCCACCUCCUCCGCAUACAAGGCAGGACGCUGGAGACGGGGGCCGAGGAGGACGAGGUGCAGCCCUUGUGCCAGCGGCUGAGCGCCCCAGACGCCGAGGCUCUGCGCCAGGCUUCCUCCAGACUCAGAAAGAUCGUCUGCAAACACAUCCCGCCAGCGCAGGCCACGGACUUCCUCUCCGCCGCCCUGGACGGGAUGCUGUCGGCCCAGUCCGCGUGUGCUCAGGCAGCGGGCGAGUGGCUGCUCACCUUCCUGGAGACGUGCGGGGGGCAGCUGUUCACGGAGGUGCCAGAAAUCCUGAGCAUCAUCUACGUCCGGAUGCCGACCAUGCAGCAGGACACCCUCCGGCACUUCCUCCUGGAGGCCGUGUCCCUGCUCGCCCUCUACCACCCCGGGGCCGUCAUCGACAGCCUGCUGCAGAAGCAGCUGCCCAUGGACAGUGACACCGAGGAGCUGUGGAGGGUCCUGGGGGGGAAGUUCUUUGUGGACCACUUCCUGCGGGUCUUGAUGGAAAAACUGAAGAACUCGGGAAGCGACCAGCCCAGGACCAGCUCUGCCAAGCCCGAGGCAGAGGAGGAGGAGGCUGCGCUGGAGCCUCUCAAGAUGACCCGGGCCAUCUCUGUGGUGGUGUCAGCGCUGCAGAGCCCGGAGGCUGUGCUGCGCCUGCUCCCGGAGCUGCUGCCGGUGCUGCUGAAGCAGAUCAGCGCCACAGUGGGCAAGGAGAUGCCGUCUUCCGCACUCAUCACCCGGGGAAAGCUGUUCCUGAAGGGCCACGCGAGCGACGACAAUCCUUGCAGGCUUUCCCUGGAGACCCUGGAGGCGGUGCUGCGCACGUGCCUCGACGGGAAGUGGCUGCGGCUGCUGCGGCAGCAGGGCGCCUGGGCUGCCCUGGAAGACCCCCGGGCUCACCACGACGGCGUCUGCCUGCUGACCGGGGUGCUGCUCCGCGCCGGGACCGUCUCGCUGCCCCUGGUGCUGGUGCUGACCCGGUGGCUGGACGCCCCCUCGGCCAACCUGCGGGUCACGGCCGCGGCUUUCUGUGCGGAGCUGAUGAAGGAGCCGGCGCUGCAGGAGUGGAGGUGCCUCCAGCCCAUCGCGAGGGCCUUGCUGGAGAAGCUGCGGGACUCGAGCAGCACCGUGCGGCAGAUGGCAGCGCGCGGCCUGGGCAACCUGGUCAGCGGGGCGCCGGAGAAGCUGCGAAAGCACAAGGGAGCGGUGCUGGAGGCGCUGCGGAGGGGCCUGGAGGACGCGGCCGCGGCGGAGGUGGUGGCAGAGAGCCUGCUGGCGCUGGCGAAGGUGGUGACGGAGCUGAAGGGGAAGGCUGUGGGCUCCGCCUUCAGGGACAUCGCCAGGGCCACCAAGGGGUUCUUCGAUGCUGAGCAGGCGUCGCUGCGCUCGGCGGCCUUCACCCUGUACGGGGUGCUGGCCGCCUCUGCCACGAGCAGGUGGAGGUCUUUCUUCACGGCGGAGCUGGGCAGCACGUGGGCCACCCUCGUCCUGCACCUCCGGGACCCCGACCCGGGCGCCUCCAUGGCGUGCCAGGGCGCCCUGCGGCUGUGCGCCCCGUUUCUGGGGCUGCGGAGGGUGCGGCAGGGCCUCGCCGUCACCACCCGGCUGAGCGCGGCCGAGCUGCUGGGCGACGUCUGCAGCCAGCUGGCCCAGGAGAGCCCCGAGCACCAGGAGAUGCUGUACGUCGCCGCCCGGCGCCGCUUCCUGGGGAGCUGCGGGGAGCUGCAGGCUGCGGCCCUCGACGUCGCCGGGGUCCUCGUGGAGCACGCGGGCCUCGAGUGGCUGACGCGGGAGGAAGCGAUGCCGCUCUCAGCAACUCUGCGGGUGCUGCGGAGCGACGGGGACCCGCGGGUGCAGCAGGCGGCCGCUCGGCUCCUCCGGGACACCGGCCUCGAGCAGCCCCCGCGGCGGCGCUGAAAUAAACCUCGCCGGGAACCUGC